AUGAGUUUCCACGCAUCUGCCUCUGAAAUUGAGCUUGAGGAUGAUCACAUUCUCAAAGUGACAUUCGAAGAUGGAAGCGAAUCUACCUUGGAUCUGAAUCAAGUGAUUGGGAACAACGAUGGAAACUUCCAAUGGGGUGGUGAAAACUUCGCAGAUAGUGCAAGCGACAUUGAACUUCAUCGCGAAGGGGACGACGAUGUUCCUGUUCUUCGGGCCAAUCUGGGAACCAUUGAUGGGGAUGAGAAUGCAGCUGAUAUCAAUUUGGGAGAGCGGAUUGCGAAUGAGGAUGGGGAGUUGGUGUUCAAGGAAGAGGAGUAA